GUUUAAGGAACAUUGAAUUUGGUUUGAGUUUUGAAUCGUAAGAAUGAGAGAGAGAUUUAGAUUUGGAUUAAUGUUAUAAAGAUUAUACAAAUACAAAUCCAAAUUUUCCAACCGCAACGUGUUCUUCUGUGUCUGUUCCUUAUAUAUAAAAAAAAUUGUAAGAAACCAAAAACAAAGCACGAGAACAAUGGAUUUGGAUGAACAUGAGCUACUUUGAUUUACCCAUCAACAACAAGAAGAACAACAACGACAACAAGGGAACAAUAUAAUCAGCAGAUUCUCUCUUUCUGUAAGAGGAAGCCUUUCAAUCCAUGGAACUCCCCAAUCCCACCAAUCAAAUGGCUUCCUCUUCCAACCCCACUCCCCCAUUUCGCGGUUCCUUCCACCGUCGAGCUCAUUCCGAGGUCCAUUUCCGGAUUCCUGACGAUCUCGAUCUAGUCUCCGACCCUUUCGACGCCCCUUCUUCUGGAUUUGAAGAUCUGGGCUUUGAGGAUGAUCUCUUGUGUACUUUCAUGGACAUCGAGAAGAUCGGAUCUAAAAUCGAAAAUGGGUCUUCGUCAAAUCCUGCAAUGGCUGCCGGUGGUACUGGGGGGGUGAAUGUUGAAGGGGAGAAAAUCUCCCGCCCCAGGCACCGUCAUAGCAAUUCUGCUGAUGGGUCUUCCAUUUUGGAGUCUAUUGAGGCUAAGAAGGCCAUGGAUCCUGAUAAGCUCGCUGAGUUGUGGACUAUUGAUCCUAAACGUGCCAAGAGGAUUUUGGCAAAUAGACAGUCUGCUGCUCGGUCAAAAGAGAGGAAAGCUCGCUACAUAAUGGAACUUGAGAGAAAAGUUCAAAGCCUUCAGACCGAAGCGACAACUCUCUCUGCACAGCUCACAUUGUAUCAGAGAGAUACCACUGGGCUUUCAACCGAAAACUCAGAGCUCAAACUUCGUUUACAAGCUAUGGAACAGCAAGCUCAUUUACGCGAUGCUCUAAAUGAAGCUUUGAAAAAAGAAGUUGAGCGGCUCAAGAUUGCGACGGGAGAAGUAAUGACAGCUACCGAUUCGUAUAACUUCGGAAUGCCUCAAGUUUCAUAUCCCCAAUCUUGCUUUUCACACCAACCACAACCUGGGCAACACAACCCACAGAGGAUGACGACGCAAAGACCCCAAGUUCAACCAUUCCAUUCUAAUUUACCAAACCCACAUCAGGCUUUGUUUGUUGCAUCGCACCAGCCUCAUGCCUUAACAGAAAUGUUUCAGCAGGAUCCUAUUACCCGAUUGCAGGGUCUCGAUAUUGGUAGCAGAGACACAGAAAUAAAGCCAGAAGGUUCCUCAAUAUCAGUCAGUGAAAGUAGCAGCACAUUUUAACCCAAUUUUUUUGCCAACCUAUGCUUCAACCUCCCAGUGAAAAUAUGGCUUGUUCAUAGAUUGACCCUGUUGACAGAAUUUUUUUCCCACAUUUGUUCGUUGUUCGUUCUUUUCUUCAUUAAUUCGCGUUCGGGGAACUCGACGGGUGAGACAAAAAUAUUCUUGUGAUAGAAAGAGAAGCUUUCUCUCGGCUGGAAUUCUGUUUCAUAGUCCCAUUUGCUGUCAUAAAAAACAUUGUUUCUUUUGGUAAAGGAAUUUGUUCAUUCUUCAUUAUUCAACUCAUAGCUUGGUCCAUAGUUGCAGCUAUAUAGAUUAGUUUGAAUAUUGAAAGAUCCUGAGAAUGAGAACGACCAUUUUGUGGUUCUUUGUUCUGAAUGAAAACUAAAACAAUGAUGAUGAUGAUGAUGAUUUUGUAUUCAA